CGAAUUAGCCUAAGUUAUUAAAGAUGGCGGCGGAGCGGAGUCGCUCCCCGAUGGAGUCGCCGGUCCCGGCCUCUAUGUUCGCCCCCGAGCCCAGCUCUCCGGGGGCGGCCAGAGCUGCGGCGGCUGCCGCCCGGCUCCACGGCGGCUUCGACUCGGACUGCAGCGAGGACGGCGAGGCGCUCAACGGCGAACCGGAGCUGGACCUCACCAGCAAGCUGGUUCUAGUGAGCCCUACAUCAGAGCAGUAUGACAGCCUACUUCGGCAAAUGUGGGAGAGGAUGGACGAGGGAUGCGGAGAGACCAUAUAUGUCAUUGGGCAGGGAUCAGAUGGGACUGAGUACGGGCUGAGUGAAGCUGACAUGGAGGCCUCCUACGCCACCGUGAAGAGCAUGGCAGAGCAGAUAGAGGCUGACGUCAUCCUCCUGCGGGAGCGGCAAGAGGCCGGGGGCCGUGUGCGCGACUACCUGGUCCGAAAACGAGUAGGAGACAAUGACUUCCUGGAAGUCAGGGUAGCGGUCGUGGGCAACGUGGAUGCUGGCAAAAGCACGCUUCUGGGGGUCCUGACACACGGGGAGCUGGACAACGGGCGAGGUUUUGCCCGCCAGAAACUCUUCCGCCACAAACAUGAGAUUGAGUCGGGCCGCACCAGCAGCGUGGGCAACGACAUUCUGGGCUUUGACAGUGAAGGAAACGUGGUAAACAAGCCAGACAGCCACGGCGGCAGCCUGGAGUGGACAAAGAUCUGUGAGAAGUCCACUAAGGUGAUCACCUUCAUCGACUUGGCCGGCCAUGAGAAGUACCUGAAGACCACUGUGUUUGGCAUGACCGGCCACUUGCCUGACUUCUGCAUGCUCAUGGUGGGCAGCAAUGCUGGCAUCGUAGGGAUGACCAAGGAGCACCUGGGCUUGGCGUUGGCCCUCAACGUGCCUGUGUUUGUGGUGGUCACCAAGAUUGACAUGUGUCCUGCCAACAUCCUACAAGAAACCCUGAAGCUGUUGCAGCGCCUGCUGAAGUCACCAGGCUGCCGGAAGAUCCCUGUGCUGGUACAGAGCAAAGAUGAUGUGAUUGUUACAGCCUCCAACUUCAGCUCGGAGAGGAUGUGCCCGAUAUUCCAAAUCUCCAACGUCACAGGCGAGAACCUCGACCUGCUCAAGAUGUUCCUCAACCUGCUCUCCCCUCGCACCAGCUACCGGGAGGAGGAGCCUGCCGAGUUUCAGAUUGAUGACACCUACUCCGUCCCGGGUGUGGGGACCGUGGUGUCUGGGACAACACUGAGGGGCCUGAUCAAGCUAAACGACACACUGCUGCUGGGCCCAGAUCCCUUGGGUAACUUCCUGUCGAUUGCUGUCAAAUCCAUCCAUCGCAAGCGCAUGCCUGUCAAGGAGGUGCGCGGGGGCCAGACUGCCUCCUUCGCCCUGAAGAAGAUUAAGCGCUCGUCCAUCCGGAAGGGCAUGGUAAUGGUUUCUCCACGCCUGAAUCCCCAAGCUUCCUGGGAGUUUGAGGCCGAGAUCCUGGUCCUUCACCACCCCACCACAAUCAGCCCGCGGUACCAGGCCAUGGUGCACUGUGGGAGCAUCAGGCAGACGGCCACCAUCCUGAGCAUGGAUAAGGACUGUCUGCGCACUGGGGACAAGGCCACCGUUCAUUUCCGCUUCAUCAAGACCCCUGAGUACCUGCACAUAGACCAGCGGCUAGUGUUCCGGGAAGGCCGCACCAAGGCCGUGGGCACCAUCACUAAGCUCCUGCAGACCACCAACAACUCCCCAAUGAACUCCAAGCCCCAGCAGAUUAAAAUGCAAUCGACGAAAAAGGGUCCCCCGCCCAAAAGAGAAGAGGGGGCCCCCUCUGGAGGGCCCACAGUCGGGGCUCCCCCACCAGGAGAUGAAGCUUGCUCCCUAGGGGCCACCCAGCUGGCUGCAUCCAGCAGUCUCCAGCCACAGCCCAAGCCCAGCAGUGGGGGCCGGCGACGGGGGGGCCAGCGUCACAAGGUGAAGUCGCAGGGGGCCUGCAUGACUCCUGCCAGCGGCUGCUGAGUCUCCCCAGCCCACCUCCGCCACCCGAGGGAUCCUAGUGCUCUGGCCCCGGCUCUGCCAGAGGGACCAGAGCAGCCCUGGCGCCAUUCGCCAUCCCCCCGGCUGAACCCGGAGCCUCAUCAUUCCCCCCACCCCCAUUUUCCAGGGGGGCUGUAAUUUAUAAGCUGAGGAAGGUGGCCAGACUUUCAGAGAGGACUGACCAUCUCCCACCCUCCUCCCUGCCUUCUUCCUCACUCACACCUUUUUUGUACAUCCGGGCCCUUAGUUUUUAUUCUUUUUAUUAUAUAUCUAUCUCUCUAUCUAGUGUGUGUGUGGUUGUGUGUGGGGCUGUGUGUCUGAGGUGCAGGAGUGCGGCCAAUCAGGGCUCUGGGCGUCUUUCUCCUUUUUCCUCUGUGGCUGGCCACCGGCCUCCAGGAGCUAGCUGGCUGCCUGUCUGUGCGUCCGUCUGUGUGUGUCUGUGCGAACCUUCUGGGGCUGUCGGACUGACACGACCCCCCCCAACCCCGUGUCCAUUCUCUGCACCUGGAGCCGCCGGCUGCGGGCGUCCAGGUGGGAGUGUCUGCUGGUACUGGGGUCCUCCUUCCGGCACUUGGGGAUCUUAGCAGAGCCGAGAGUGGUGGCUCCCUAGUCUCUUUGUCCCUCUUGUUCCCCUUGAACCCCCAAACAGUUAAUGCCAAAAGCUCUUAAGCUGUAACCUGUAGAUGUGUGGAGGGUAUUGGCGAUUGGAUUGUAGGAUCCUCCUUCCCCCAUCUCUGACCCUCACCCUUGACCUAGAGACAGCUGAUGGCUUUUCUUGCCCCUCUGAGACAAUCUUCUGUUUGCCUAGCUGACUGGGGUGACCCCUCCUCGGCCAAUUCUGUCACUGUGGAGGCUCUCGCCUCGCCCUUCCCAGGGCUGCCUCCUGCUUGGACUUGGAUUCUAAGUCUUGUUGGGCCUCGGGUCACUGAGGACCAGGACUGGGGGGUGCCCGCUCAGGCUCACGCUCAGCAGCCCAUCUUUUUGGUGGGGGUGCCGGCUGUUCCUCUGAGCGAGGCAGGGACAGAACCCCUCCUUGCCUACAUCUCCCCAGCAUGGCUGCUACAGGAGCACAAGAGUGAAGGGCCAGAGCCCUGAUUGGGAAGCUCUAAUUGGAGUACAGGGAGGGCAGGUGGGAGGUAUUAACAAGAUUCUUCCAGACCCAUCUCAAAAGUAUUAAGCCCUUAGGAAGAAUCAUUGCCUGGGUUGGGGGUGGUGUUGCCCAGGCCAGAGAGGGCAACAUGGGCCCCAAACCAGCCUGGCCUGAGCUGUGGACUAAGCCCUCACUUCAGGGUGGACUGGUGGGCAGAGCUGUGUUCUUUCUCUAGCCUGGGACACCCACCUGCCUGGCUGGGUCCUUCCUCAGCCUCACCUCCCCUCUGUCCCCAACCCUUCACCACUCCUCCUGCGUCCAGACCCCUGGUCCCCUCGCCUCCCCUCCUUCUAACUAUUUCUAGUUACCACUUACCUGUGGCCAUGGACUGACCAGACCA